AUGAGAGGCCGUGAGGAUCCAGCCGUUUCAUGCCACGUGAGCUGUGCCAGCAGGCGGCCCCAGGGAGAGAGCAGUGACAGCAGUGACAGGGUAAAGGCCCGAGCAGGGCUCGCAUAGCACACACUGACACUGACACCCACCAUCACAGUGUGUACUGCCAGAUAAAUGUGUGCAGCACACAAUAAUGCACACUGGCUUACCGUGAGAUAUGUGUUGAGGGAAUAAUUCUAAUUUGUAUUUUGCUGUGAGCUUGCUGUCCAGUGUAACAUAUUGCAAAUGCUGCUUUGCUUGGGGUAUGUUUGGCUAAUGUUGCCAUAUACAAUCUGUACAGGAACUGUUUGUUAUUCUAGACCGACUGCUGCCGUGCCAUCCCAAGCUGGUCCCCAUACCACAUUGCUGGGUAAUCCUCCCUGCCAAGGCGAUACUGGAGACAUUUGGCGUUAGACAAGAGAUCAGCUCUUUCACUGUGACUAUUUCCAACAGAGGUAUGUCAUUGUAG